AUGUCAGAGCCGCUUGCAACAUAUUUGCUGUUGUCCCUGCCGGAGUCGGCCGCCACGUACUCCUCAGCACUUUCUGAGUGGCUAUCCAAGCAUGUCAACGGGGGCAGGGUUGACGUGGUUCCGUUUGAGGUCCCUAGCUUCAAGGUGGGCACGCUGGAUUCGCUCGUCCAGCAGUCAGAGGAGCUUUCAAAGUAUGAUAACCAAUUGAGCGGGUCCAUAGGGAAGAUUUUGGAUAUAAUAACGUCGAUCUUUGACGGAAAUGAGGCUGCUGCUCGUUCGGCCAAGGUGGUAGAUGGCAAGCCAAUCCUAUCGUAUGUUGAGAAAUUCAAGUGGAACACCUCCAAGUAUCGUCUCGAUAAGCCCAUCAAGGAUCUCAUUGAAACCAUCACCACCGAAGCUGUUAAUCUGGACAACGAUGUCCGCUCAGCAUACACCAGUUAUAACACUGCCAAGUCCAACCUGGUGGCUGCCCAGAGAAAGAAGACCGGCGAUCUCUCUGUGAGAUCUUUGCAUGAUAUAGUCAAAGAAAGUGACUUCGUUCUUGGUUCGGAACAUCUGGUGACUUUGCUGGUUGCUGUUCCCAAAAGUUUAGAGUCCACAUUUCUGGAGAAGUACGAGACCCUGACCGAGUUUGUUGUUCCAAGAAGUGCGUCAGUUAUUGCUUCGGACGGAGAGUUUGUCCUGUACAACGUUACACUGUUCAAAAAGUUUGCACCCGCCUUUGUGGCUGCCGCCAGAGAGCAAAAAUGGACCCCUAGAGAGUUUGACUACUCGGAGGAAACCAUCAGUUCCAUGAAGGACGAGUUCACCACUGCGUCUCAUGCCGAGCAAACACUCAGAAACGACUUGAUCAGACUCACAAAGGCUGCGUACUCGGAGAUUGUUCAGUCAUCUUUCCAUAUCAAGGCUCUGAGAACGUUUGUCGAGUCGGUUUUGAGAUACGGAUUGCCUCCAAACUUCUACAGCUUUUUACUGAAUCUCCCCGAGAAGGCGAUUGCCAAGUCGAAGGAGGAGUUAAUCGCCAAAUACGGCUAUCUUGGUGGAAAUGCGUUUUCCACCGACAAAAAGGGAAGAGUCCUCAAGGAUUCCAGUUUACACGAGUAUGCCUCUUUGGUGGACACGGAGUACGAGCCGUUUGUGCUGUACGAGGUGAAGGUGAUCUAG